ACAGCCAAUUUGAGGAAGUUGAUUGUCAUGUCGGCCAGUGAUCAGCUGAGCCUGUAAAUCACGUCCUCGGCCGUGCGGAGGAUGGUUGCCAACUGCAGCCUCGAAGGUGGAGCUCGCUAGCACCAGAGGCUUUUCGAAACAUGAGGGCGACUGGCUCCAAACGCAGCUUCCUGCGUGUCUGCGUCCUGGUCUUCCUGUUGUGCUCCACCUGCACCGGAGUCGUGUCCGGGCGGAAAAUGUCCUCUCAUCACCAAACCACGCUGAAGCGCAGCCGUCGAAGUCAGCAGAGCGCAAGGCACAAAGGCGCGCACCACCGGCCGCUGACGGACGAGCAGAAAGCGGACCAGAACCUGCAGUUCAUGUUGAGUUUGUACCAGAGCGCAGCCGAACCGGACGGCAGGCCCAAACAGCACCGGAAGUUCGGCUCCAACACGGUGCGUCUGCUGAGGCCGUCGGCGUCGUCGGUGCACUACCUGCCAGCGUCCAGAGACCACCACUACAGCUUCACAGUGCAGUACAACCUGGACACUCUUCCCUCGGAGCAGCUGAUCAGAGCCUCCUUCAUCCACCUCCGCUCUUCAUCCACUUCCUCCUCAAGCGCCGCCCAGGCCCCUGAGCCCCCCCUCUGCAGGGCUCAGAUCACCUCACUGGGCAAAGAGAGUCUGGUCACCCUGGAGCCCCACGAGCGGUGGACGGAGACGGAUAUCACCGCGCACGUCCAGCAGGGGAAGACCCGGGGCCCGGGCAGCCACUUGACCCUCACUGCCCUGUACUGGUGCACGGAGCUCGGGCACGCCGAAGAGGACAGCAGUCUCUCGCGGUGGUGGACUCGUCUUCGAGGAAAGAAGAGGUGGAGAGGUGAGCCUCACCUCCAAGUCCCGUCUCUUCUUUUAUAUGUGGAGGAGGAGAGGGAAGUGAAGGACUGGAUGGGGGACUUGCUGGGGACUGAAGGGGAGGACAUCAUGAGGCGAGUGGGGCAGUGGCAUUCUUCAGCUCGCCUCCGCCGCUCCAAGGACCUUUCAAAUUCAGAGCCCAAAGAUCCUUCGCUGGAUGUUCUGAAAAACGCCCCUACUUCCUCCUCGUCCUCCUCCUCCUCUUCUUCCUCCUCCUCCUCUUCUCUUUCCAACUCGCCCGCUGCCUCCAUCAUCUCCGAGAUCCCCAACUACAAACGCAAAACCAGCACGCCCAAGAACCGCUGCAAGCUCCACUCGUUCCGCCUGUCCUUCGACGAGCUCGGCUGGGGUCACUACUUCAUCGCGCCGCCCGUGUACAACCCUCGCUUCUGCCAGGGCAACUGCCCGCGGGUUCUCCACUACGGAUACCACUCCCCCAACCACGCCAUCAUCCAGACGGUCAUCAACGACCUCGGCGUCGGGGACGUUCCUCCUCCGUCCUGCGUGCCUUACAAGUACAUGCCCAUGAGCGUGCUGGUCGUGCACAAGAAGAAGGUGGAGUACAGGGAGCUGGAGGACAUGGUGGCCGAGUCGUGCACGUGUCGCUAAGCUCUGUGGAGGAGGCUCAAUUGACUCUAAUAUGCUCAGCACUGAGAAAAGAGACUAAAGGGGGCGGGUCCGAUGGGUCGUUCGCUUGGCGGCUCACCACGACGAGCUCGGGAUUGGAAGGAGGAGGUUGUUGUGGAUUCAGGUCUUCUCCUUCCCUGUUGGAGCACUUUAAAAAGCAGCUGCUGGAUUUAACUCUGGCCUGUGAAGAACUUUGGGUUGUGCAGACUGUUCAUGUAUUUACUAUUGAGUCAUUGUCCUGGGAGCUGUUUAAAGCGCUGUGCUAAGCUAAAUCGAACUUUCGGGGUAACUUCAACAUUUGAUAAAACAUCGGGUACCUUUUUUAAGAAAACUGCUCUAACUCAAUAACUGUAAACAAAUAAAUGUAGAACCCGUCUUCAGUAUUCAGCUACCUGAUGGAGUUUUUCUUUCUUGCGCCUUUCUGUGUAUUCAUUUUUGUUUUUCCUUUUUGUUUUGUUUUAAGAAAAAAACUGAUCAGUGUUUCACAUCGGGGGCUGCCAUCGUCAUGAGAAAUGUGUAAAAAAAAAAAAAAAAAAAAAAAAAAAAAGAGAGAGAGAGAAAAGGAAAAAAAAGCUGGUAUUUGUGUGUAAAAAGAAAAAAAAACAUCUUUGGAUAACAUGUUGGCACAGCUUGAGGGUGCGUUCUUCUAUAGGAAAUUAGACACUCCUAAAAGACAUCAUUUUAAUGGACGAGAGGUUGACCGUGUUGGAUGUUAAUUGUAAAAGCCUUCUAACGUCACAAUUUUGCUGUUUAAAAUCUGAAAUUUUUGCAUUUUGUACGUAUUUAUAAGGGGAGGGGUCUCCGAAAACUUGAAAAAAGCGCUGCUACUGGCCUGUCUUGAGGAAAAGAAAUUACAAAAUGAAAAAUGGGUUAAGAAGAGGUGCAACAGUGCUGAAUGUUAAAGAAAACGAGCAGGAUUGUUGUAGUGGAAACGAAUGCAAUUUUUAUUACAAGUGACAAUGAAUAAUAAAAUAAAAUGCAUGUUUUCUAAAACCUAA